CAGAAAGUAAUAUCUGUUUUAUGAUCCUAUUAGAUAUCUUUAGUCUCUAUACUUAUCAUAUCAAGCAAACAAAUUUUGAAUUAGUUCAUCCUAAAAAUCCCGAAGUAGAUGGUCAGUUUUUUGAAUUAAAAUGGAUAAUUACUGAAACCAAUACUAGAUUUAUCCAUUUAUAUUGUUUUAUCAUUUGAUACGUGAAAAUAUGUGAGCCUGAGUUUGUAACUCUCUAUAAGUAGCCUGAUUCCUCUCACUCAACUCGUUCCCCUUGUAUUUGAUCUGUAAAAGCAGAAGACAACGGUAGCAGAAGUAGACAUGGAGAAAAAGCUGGCAUAUUGUUUACUAUUAAUAUCAUUAAUGUUGAUUGGAGUUGCCUCAUCGGGAGCAAAAAUGAUGAAAAAGCUCCCGAACACCAAGUUUCACUAUUACAGUGAGCGCCUUAGGCGAAAUCUGCUUGCAAAUUCUCUCGGCCUUACUCCUCCAAUGGGGUGGAAUAGUUGGAAUCACUUCAACUGCCAUGUUAAUGAAACUAUCAUCAAAGAUGCUGUUGAUGCUCUGGUUUCCUCUGGUCUAGCCCAGCUCGGAUAUACCUAUGUCAACAUAGAUGAUUGUUGGGCUGAAAAAGUUCGUGAUGGAAAUGGCAGUUUAGUGGCUAGAAGCACUACGUUUCCAUCUGGCAUCAAAGCUCUUGCAGACUAUGUUCACAGCAGAGGACUUAAACUUGGGAUUUACUCCAGUGCCGGGUUUUUUACUUGCAGCAACACCAUGCCUGGUUCACUUGGUUAUGAAGAACAAGAUGCUAAGACCUUUGCCUCAUGGGGUGUUGAUUAUUUGAAGUAUGAUAACUGUUUCAACGAUGGAACAAAGCCAAUUGACAGAUAUCCUAUAAUGACCAGAGCUUUAAUGAAGGCUGGUCGCCCGAUCUACUACUCCUUAUGUGAAUGGGGUGACAUGCAUCCAGCUACAUGGGGUUUCCAGGUGGGAAAUAGCUGGAGAACUACUGGUGACAUCACUGAUGACUUUGACACCAUGAUGAAUAGAGCAGAUAUGAACAACAUGUAUGCUGAUUAUGCAAGGCCUGGUGGUUGGAAUGAUCCUGAUAUGCUUGAAGUUGGAAAUGGAGGAAUGACAAAAGACCAGUACAUUGUACACUUCAGUCUAUGGGCCAUAAUUAAGUCUCCCCUUCUCCUUGGCUGUGAUUUGAAAAAUAUGACUCAAGAAACAUUAGAUAUCAUUGGCAAUAAAGAAGUUAUUGCCAUUAACCAAGAUCCGCUUGGAGUUCAGGCAAAGAAGAUUAGGGAAGAUGUUGAGAUAUGGGCAGGACCUCUUUCAGGGUACAGAUUUGUAGCACUGCUAGUCAACCGAGGUACAUGGUCUACUAAUGUCUCAGCACAUCUUGAAGAUAUUGGAAUUCCCCCCAAAACUAAAGUUAAAGUUAGAGAUCUAUGGGAGCACAAGACAUUGGAAGAACCAGUGACAGGGAACCUGACAGCAAGCCUUGGUGCUUAUGGAAGCAAGAUGUUUCUGUUGACGCCUGUUUUGGAGCAGUCAUUUUGAAUAUAUAUAGACUUCAGAAUUUUCAUUUUCUCUAGAUGUAAUAGGCCCUUUGAGUUUAGUUAAUAACAGUUUCAUUAAUUUUAUUGUUAGUGACGAUUUGGUAGUAGAGUUUUCCAUUUUUAAGGGUAUCAUGUUCUUCAGUUUUGGUA